AAUUGCAAAUGGAGCUUUGUCUUCCACGUUCAAUAUUUUUGCUAGCUUCCCGGCAAAACUCCGCCAUCCACUUAACCUACUCUAUAUCCAUCUUUCAAAACCUCCUCAGAACCCCAAAACUCUACAACCCACAUAAACAUUCACAAAUCACAGUAAUGUCAAAACCAAGUCUUUUCAUCACCGACCUAACAGACAUUGACUUAGAACCUCAAGAUUUUGCCUCAUCUCUCCCUAUUAAGAAAGUCCCUUAUGGCGACGUUUUUGAGGCGGCUCGUGCCGGAGACGUUGACCGCCUUAGUUAUCUCCUCGAAUCCGGUAUCAAUGUCAACGCUAGAGAUCAGUGGGAUUCCGUUGCUCUUUAUUAUGCUUGUUUAGCUGGUCAUCUUGAUGCUGCUCGUAUGCUCCUUGAAAAUGGUGCUAUUUGUGAUGAACAUACCUUUGAUGGUGAUCGUUGUCAUUAUGCUGCGCUUAAUUUGAAGGUUAGGAAACUUCUUAAGGCGUUUGAGGCUCGACCGCCUCCUCUUGGACCACUUCAGUCCGCUUUGAGGGAGACUUUCCUUGGAUGUUUGGCUAAUCGGGCAUUCUUAGAGUUUUCUGAUAAUCAAGGCCAAUUGUCUGGUUCUUUGAUGUUGGAAGGACCCAAUUAUUGUCACUUUCCUCCAGACGUUGUCUUUUAUGUGCAUGGUAGGCCUAUAGAAGCUCAUAGAGUAAUUUUAAGUUCUCGUUCUCCAUUUUUCAGAAAGAAGUUUGAGACUGAUUGGAAGAAUAGAAGAGAUGUAAGAUUCUCAAAAGAGAAAUUAUCGUACCCUGCUCUCUACAGCCUCCUUCACUUCUUUUAUUCUGACCGGCUUGAAGUUGCAGUGGAUGACAUGGAAGAUUUAAUCAGAAUUUGCAAAGUCUGUGGAUGUGAGGCAUUACGAAGAGUAAUUGAGAAAGAGCAAGUUCACCAAAGAUAUGCAGAUUACAAAGCUUUGAAUGAAAUAGACAACUCUCAGAGACGUUUUAUACUGCAGGGUUUAUCCCUUCCUGAGGAACACCGUCUUCCUGCUUCUUUACAUCAUACUCUUCAGCUAUCAUUGACCAAUUCCUGUUUGAAACAAGAUUUAGAUAAUCUUGCUGAUAAGUUAGGAUCCUCUAUUGGUACAUUACAGAUUCGUGAACAUGUGAAUGAUCUUGCUGAUAUAUGCAUACGCGUCGAUGCACGAGUUUUCCGCUGCCAUCAAGUGAUCCUGGCUUCCAGAUCAGAGUAUUUUAGAACAAGGAUUUCUCGCAUGGACGAUUUUCUCGAGGCAAACAACGACUUGCAUGGUGAUGCUCUUCCCUGUCUAGAAGAGCAUGAUUUGAGCCACGAGGCAUUUGAGAAAAUGAUAGAAUAUAUGUACACUGAUGGUUUGAAAGAUGUGGACCCUCAGCAGGCAGAGGAAUUGUUUGAUGCUGCUUCAAGAUAUUUAUUGUUUCCACUUAAGCGUGCUGUAGCAGAUGCUCUACUCCCACACCUAGAAAUGGCCUCACCUUCAGAUUUAUGCCAUUGGCUUCUAUUAGCUGAUAUAAUCUCUUCCUUUGUUGCUUUGGUCUUCAACAUCAGUUUCAUUUCCUUUAGGGAAACAGAAAUUGUAGCCAUUGGGAGUGAAGAAAGGAUACAGGGCAAAUCUGUUUUUAGCAGCUGAAAUGUCCAACAUACAACUGCUAGUUCUCAAUCUUUGCUUGCUUCAUACUUCUGAGCUUCAUUUGUUUGACCGUACAUGUUUGGCUGCUUAUGCAGGUACGGUGUCCUGAAAAUUAGAGAGUAUUGUUUGGAUGCAAUGGCAUGCAACUUUGAGACAUUUGCCGAUACACAAGAUUUCCGAGCCAUGCUUUUGGCGCUUCCACCACCAUCAGGGGAUUCCUCCCUCCGGACCACUGCUCCAAGUGCCCCAGGAGCAGGAGGAAACAAUGACCAAGGGAAUAUUCUAGAUGAUUUGCGGGAAAAGUGGCUUGAGAUUGAAGCUGCCGAGCUGGAUAAGAGAGAUGAGAGUGCCUUGCUUUUCGAUAAUCGACUUGAGAUGCUAAUGCAUAUUGCAGAACAGGAAAAAGAGACUUCCGAUUCCAUUGAUGAGACUGUAGUUUAGGACCUACGAUGAUUGUGUGACAGGGAAGCUAAUUAUAAUCAGCUUUGAGAAGCUCAAGCUAUUAUUGUAAAUAUGUGAAGUGAUGUCAUUGUAAGCAAAUGUAGUAUAUAUUUCACAGGGCAGUCAUAGCCUGUGAGUGUGAGUGCCUGGAAUGGGACUUAGUAACUUAUGCUUGUAAAAUGACAUCAUUCUUUUUCUUACAAUCCUUUGAAAUAAAAUCAAAUUCACUUUCA